AUGUCUGGUUCUUCCGCUCAACGCAUGCCCCCGCGCAUGCUCGAAUACGCCUACGAGGCGAACAUGCUCCCGCCGCCCAAAGACCUCCACUUGCUCCGUGGGUGUGAGAAGGCCAUCAACACCCCGGAGCUCCUCGAAAUGAUCCUGGGACAACUCCCUCCCACCGACAUCGUCCGCCUCCGCCGCACCGAAAAGCGGUUUCGCCACCUCAUCGACACCUCCAUCGCCCUCAAGAAACGCCUCUUCCUCCUCCCAAGCGUCGAUGCAGAGACUGAGCAUCCCAUCUGCAACCCUAUCCUCCUCCGCCAAGUCACGUCUGGGUACGGCUUGCUGAGAUCCAUCGUCAACCCAACAACCCCGCUUCAUCCCAACGACAUCCGGCUGCUGAUGCUGUUCUCGGAGAAGGUGCAUACUGCCAUGACUGUACGCUUCAAACUGGCCAAGCACGACAGCGAGACGGGAGAGCUAUACCAUGGAAGAUCGAAAGUCUUGGAGGUCCAACCUGGGGAGGACGGCGUGGUGCGAUAUGCGGAUUUCGAGAAGACGGCACAGAUGUUGAUGGUGCAGCGAGGAGAGGAGUGGGUGAUCGACUACUGGCGCACGGAGCUUUUCAUUUGA